AUGAGUUUACAAGGAAAUAUUGUGAUACCAUCGUAUGAGACAGAGUUGGAUGAAAUAAUAAAGAAGUUGCCUUCUUUUGAAACAUAUAAGGAAGAUUAUACAAUAACAGACUCCACUUCAUACUCAGAUAAAUGCAGUGAUUUGGGGACGGAAGAUAAUGAAUUUAAAAAAAUUUGUGAAAAAUUUAUGAUGAAUAUAAACAAGUUAACGGAAUAUAAGAAUAAUUUGACAGAACUUAAGGUUCGCUCAUCUUCUUUAGGUUAUUGGAUCAUUGAUGAAUUGAGGAAUUACUUUGUAGUUAAUAACAAAAAUAUUGAUAGAGGAAUAAUUGAUAAGCUAAUCAUUGAACUAAAUAAAUUUUCCCUUGAUUCUGAAUUAAAACACUUGUUCUUUAACUCAGAUUUUGAUUUUAAUUUGGCUAGAGAAGAGAAAUAUUUGCAUGAUUAUUUUAUAAAUUAUGACAAAAUUCUUUCGUGUACAGAUAAGAACUGUGCAGAUUACUAUAAAUAUGUAAGUUUUAUUGAAAAAAUAUAUUAUAAGCAUAGAGAGGAUUGUUUAGGAAAUGUAUGUCAUUAUUUUAACUUUCAUUAUAAAUAUGACCCAGACAAUCUUUUAUCUAAAUUAAAAGGUCGUAUAGAAGGCUCUAAUAAAGAAAAGGAAAAUACGGAUCCAUGGUUAGGUACUGAAGGAGGGAAUCCCAAGUAUUCAAAAGAAAAACCUAGAAUGGUAAUCAAAUAUAUGUUAUGUACCGAAAUUAUUGAUAAAGAUAGGGAUUUUCAUGGAUAUACUUGCGAAGAUCCAGCAUAUAGGCAUAACUCUGAUAGAGCAAGGUUUAUUAGUAACAUAAAAAAAAAAAAAGACUUCUGUGAUUGGAGUAAUAAAUUCAGAAAGACAACCGGAAGACUCGUCUGUUUUAAAUACACAAACUGUUCAAAAUGUAAAUUCAAAUGUUAA